UUUCCGCUGUUAGUAAAUCGGUAAAGCCUGAAAGGUUUCGCUAAGUCUAGGGUAAAAGCAACACCCUGGGCUCUGCCACUUACUCUGUGUUCCUCGACAGAAGACUCAGUCCCGUCAGGGGGUGAGUACAGAUCUGAGACAUGACUGAUGGAUUAACCUGGGUCCUAAGGAAGGGUCUUGAUUUGAUUUCAGCCUGACCCUGUUAUGCCUCGACCAUUUUAUUUAAGCGCGUUCGGGGAGUGUUAAUGGCGACAGGAAGUGGUUCAGAGAGGUCAAAGGCGUGCUCGUACCAACCUCCAAAGGAGGCUCCCACCAGCGCUUCCUGCAGGCCCCACCAGAUCCCAGGAGCUGAGCUGCCAGAAGGGGGCUACUCCGAAGAAUUUGUCCAGCCCGUCGAUGGCAAGUAUAGGUGUGAGCAUUGCCACUGGGUGCUGCGUAAUGCCAAGCAGACCGAGUGUGGGCACCGCUUCUGUGAGAGCUGCCUCAGUGCCCUCCUCAGGAUUCCUGGGCAGGUCUGCCCAGCUGAUCAAGAGCCUCUGGACAACAGGGAGGCCCAUUUGAACAGCUGCCCCUUCCAGCCAAUCCAGUGCUCGCGAUCGGGUUGUCCUGAGAUGGUGCAGCGGCAAGAUCUGAGUGACCAUUUAAUGUUCAAAUGCAAUCAUCGAGAAGUGAAGUGUAAACACUGCCAGAAAGAGAUGACAGUAGCUGAACUCGAGGUACACGAAGAGGGUGAGUGCCUAUCUUCUCUGGUCACGUGCCCAAAAAUCUGUGGGGCACGUGUUCACAGGACUGAGCUCAAAGCUCACAUGUCAGAGUGUCCCAAGACUGAGGGAUGUUGCAAAUUUAGCAGCUACGGGUGCACAUUUAAGGGAAUGAGUCAAAGGAACAAGGAACAUGAAAAGCAAUCGGUCGAGCAACAUUUGCUGCUGGUGUUGUUGAGAAACAAGGCCCUGGAAGAGAAGAAAACAUUGGCUGUGCACACCGACAGGCUGCAUCAGGUCGAGCGGGAGCUGCUGGAGAGGCGCAAGUUGCAGGAAGACAUAAAACAAGAGCUUAUGUCAGUACGCCACAACACAGGAAACCUGUCCAGUAGGCUAACAAUCCUAGAGACUGGCCAGAGCACUCCGUGCCUCUACAGGGGCAUCAGUAGCUCAGUUUCAGAAUUGGUUGAGCAUCAAGUUACCCAACACGAUAAAUUGUUGAGUGUGCACGAGGUGCGACUGGCCGAGACUGAUCUCCGUUUCCAGCUGCUGGAGACGGCUAGUUACAACGGGAGACUGAUCUGGAAAAUCCGGGAUUACACCCGUCGGAAGCAGGAGGCAGUGUCCGCCAAGACCUUGUCCCUGUACAGCCAGCCAUUCUACAGCAGCCCCUUUGGCUACAAGAUGUGCGCCCGGGUCUACCUGAACGGCGAUGGCAUGGGCAAGGGCACCCACCUGUCACUCUUCUUUGUGGUGAUGAGGGGUGAGUACGACCCCCUGCUGCCCUGGCCGUUCAGGCAGAAAGUGACCCUCACCCUAUUGGAUCAGGGCCCAGCCAAGGAUCACGUGUCCGAUACCUUCAAGCCCGACCCCAACAGCUCCAGCUUCCACCGGCCCCAGACAGAGAUGAACGUGGCUUCAGGCUGCCCUCUUUUUGUGACUCAGACCGUGCUCGAGAACGAGACGCACCACUACAUCAAGGAUGACACCAUCUUCAUCAAGGUGACCGUGGACAUCUCGGAUUUCCUGGAGGUCUGAGCCCUUUGUCUCUUGGCCUGCUCCCAAUCGUGCAAUAGCCCCGGGAUCAAUGGCAGCGGAUCCCUUCGGGAAUCUGCCAUUUGCAGAGAAAGAUCACCUUCUGAUCUGGGGCCAGGACAGUAAAUUAUGGAACUGUAUUAAUUUCUUUUGUAAAUAAUAUCAAAUCUCAAAUUUCAUAUUAUAAUAUAUAGACAUAAAUAUAUA